UGCAGCAACAGCAGCAGUUGACGUAAACAGAAAAAAAUAAAAUUGUCUUCGUUUUUUUUUUGGCUAUAAAAUAUACCCGAAAAUCUUACCCGAAAUGUUUAUUUGAUAUUUAUCAUCUUUCAUUGAUUCCAUUUUACUUUGAUGAAAAAUCAACAAACAAACAAACAAACAAAAUGUUUUCCGAAUAUGCUUUGAUCGAUAUUGGUGAUAUUUGUCAUCAAAAAUCAAUUAGUGUUUUAAAUAAAUUACCUGAUGUUAAUGGACCACAAUUGGUUACAUCAUUAAUUAAACCAUUAGUUAAUAAUUUAAUUAAUAAUAAAUCAAAUAAUAAACAAAAUGAAAAUUUCCUAAAUUGUUUUCAAGAUGAUAAAGAUGUACAUUGGAUAAUGGAAGUAAUUUGUUAUGGUCUUAGUUUACCAUUAGCCGAUAAUGAACAAUAUGAAGCUGUACGUGAUUGUGUUAAUAUUUAUUGUGAAUGGUUACAUUCAUUAUCACCAAGCCUUUCACAGGAUAAAUUCAUUCCAUAUCCAAUACGUAAUGAUCCAAAUAUUUAUUGUCAAAAAAUAUUUGGUCAUCUUUAUAAUACAUUUCUACCACGUACAUGGAAUCAACAAACAAUCAAUAUUGAACAAAUUAAUGAUUUAAUAUCGAAACAGGCAUUGAUUUGUCAUCGUAUAUUACGUUUAUUGAUUACAAUUGCAAAUAAAUCUGAUAAUGUAAUCAAUGCAAAAACAUGGGAACAAUUACUUAUAUUUUUAUUAGGUAUUAAUGAAAAACUAUUAAAAUCACCAACAGAUAAAACUGAUAUUGGUACACAGAUUGCUGAUCGUGUUAUUAGUACAUUGUUUCAGGGUUGGUUAAUUUCUUGUGUAUAUUUUUUUCCAUCACCAUCAUUUUGGCGUACAUUUCAACAAGUUUGUAUUAAUUCAAGACAUUGUCCAGCAUUGAUUGCACAAUGGAAUCGUGUUAACAUUUGCCUUACGAAACGUUUAGUUUCAGUCCUAUACAAUCAUGAAUCAACUGUCCCGGUGGAUAAUAAUUUCAAUUUUAAUUUUUCACAAUAUAAUUCAAUUGUUUUAUUAUUAAGUGAAAAUGUACUUGAACAAUGUUGGUAUCGUUUUCUACAUAUUAUUGGUAAUCCAAUUGAUUUAUGUUUUCCAAAAAUCAUAUCUAAAAUGGAUCCCGAAUGGAAUAUUAGUUUAAUUUCGAUAUUACCAUUUAUAUUUCAUAAAGCUAUUAAAGGAUUAUGUACAUUAGUGGAUAUAUUUCUUGGUAAUCCAAACAUUAAUUUAAGUGAUAUUGAAUAUGAAUUACCUAAAUCAUCAACUUAUUCAUCAUCAUCAUCGCAUACACCACCGGAAAAACGUAAAACAAAUUCAUCAAUUUCAAAAAAUGAAAAACAUUCAAACAAUCGUCAAAAUCAAAGCAAUAAUCAACAUCAUAUACAAUCAAAAAAUAAUACUAUUGAUCAAUAUGUUCUGCCGACUAUUGUAUUACCAUCAUUAUUACCGGGAAAUUUUCAUCAAAAUCAUAUAAAAUUAGCAUCAAUUUUAGAUAUAUUUGGUAAAUGGCUUUUUCCAGCUGCAUUUAUCGGUGUGCCUAAUAUUUCUAAUGAUUUAUUGGAAAAAUCCAUAUCAAACAACAGUGAUACAUCAUCAUCAUUGCAAGGACCAAUAAAAUUUGAUCGAAUGAGCAUUCCUAAUACCGAUAAUGAUAUAGAAUUUUCAAUGGAUUUAUUUGAAGCAGGACAGGCUGAAGCACUUGGUGCAUUAUGUCGUUUAUUUUGUCUGAAAAAAGAUGAUGAAGAUAUUUCAUUGAUUCUAAGCAAGCAAAAUCAUCCAGAUUUUUCUAAACUUAAAAAUUAUUUAACCAGUUUCUAUUUGGCUCUAAAAUUUAAUCUACAAAAUAUUAAUCAAAAUGAACAAACUAAAAUACAAAUAUCAAGCAAUAUUCUUGUUAAUUCAAUAUAUUUAUUUGAUGUUGAUCUUCCUGGAUCAAAAAUAUUGAUACCACAUUUUUUUCGUUGUAUGGAAUCAUUCUUAACACGUAAGGAUAAAAAUGAUUCGGAUAUUAUUAUACGAAGAGCAUGUAUUAAAAUUCUAAUAUCAUUACUUUCAUAUCCAAUUCAUUAUAAAAAUUUACCAAUCAAAGAUGAUUUAAGUGAAAUAACGUGCAAUACAUUUAUAUCAUUUUUCCCUCGAUUAAUUCUAUUAUUUAUUAAUGCACUUUAUAAUGAAUCGGAUCAGAUUAAUGUACAAAUGAUUUUGAAUUCAUUUUUAUUCAUAAUUGAAGAUUGUUUUAGUUAUCGUCAAGAUUUGAAUGGACAAUCAAUUAAUGGAAUACAAAAUGAAAUUACUAUUGAUUCAAAAGAUUCGCUGGUGAUUAAUUUAAUGGAAUUUUUCAAUAAAACAAAUUGUUUUUAUCUACAAAAUAAUAUGCAAGCACAAAAAUUAUCAAUCAAUUUGUUUCUAUUGAUAACAUCAUUUAUAUCGGAUAUUCUUUGUAAAAGUUCAUUGAAAAAUUCAAAUUAUAAUAUUUCAUUAACGGCUAUCGAGAUUUUAUUGGCAAUGGGAAGAAUUCGUUCGAAACCAAAUUCACAACAACAACAUAAACAUAAAUCAAAAUUAUUAUGUAAUAAUAAAUGUAGUUUAUGUAUACAACAGAUUUGUCGUUUUAUUGAAAAUCAAUGCUAUAAAAAGGCAAUGUUUCAUUCAAAAGAUAUGCAUACAACAAUUGUUGCUGCAUAUCAAUGUUUAGCUAUUUGGAUAAAUGAACAUUAUCAUUUAGUUAAUGAUAAAGAUUGUAUUGAAUUAUUAUUUAAACUUAUUGAACUUGGAAUAUCUGGUUCAAAAUCAUCGAAAGAUGAUACGAAACAAUUUAAAUGUGAAAAAUUAAUCAAACCGGCAUCACUCAGGGUUAGAGAUGCGGCGGAAUUAUUUUUGGCCACUUUAAUGAGUCAAAUCAAAAUGGAUAUCGAACCUAAUGAUAAUAAUAAUAUUAUCCCAUGUGACAUUAAUGAAGCUAAAAUAGCUGAACAUAUAUUCAAUAUUCGUUCAACCGAUUAUUCAUUUAAUCAAUUUCGUUAUUUUAUUGUUGAAAAUUCAUUAUUAAUAUCAAUAUUGGAUAAACAAAUUGGUCAUGGUGAAACUGUUUGUAUUAUUCGUUCAGCAUAUGGAAAAUAUUGUUUUAUUUUAAAACAUCAACCAAUAUCAAAUAGAUAUUUAUUGAAUAUGGGCAAUGAAAUCAGUAUAUAUAGAAGUUUGAAUAAACAAGAACAUUUGGUUAAAAAAAACGUUCAUUUUAAUUAUUUUCCCGAUUUUUAUGAUAAACAUAUUAAUAGUCAGGCAAAAUAUGAUAAUAUGAUAUUGAAUAUUGGAAAAUAUAUUAAUGAACAAGAAGAAAUUAAAACGGAUUAUGAAACAAUGUUAAAUUUUUUGGAAAAAGUUGAACAAAAUUUAAAUUUUGAAAAAGCAAAAUUAACAAUAAAUUUAAUGAAAAAAGAUAUGAAUGAAAUACCAGCAACAAAAAAUUUUGAAGCAUAUCGACCAAUCCUAUCACAAUUUGAAAAUUUUAAUUUUGAUUUCAAAACAACAAUAGCAACAACAACAAACGGUCAACAACAACAACAACAACAAAUUAAAUCACGUUCAUUAUUAUCAUUGAAUAAUAAUUCACAAUCAUUUAUUGAACAAUUGAUGAAAUUAGAUAUGAUCAGUAAUCGAAUCAACGAUAUGGUAAUGAUAUUUUAUGUGCCUAAAAAUUUUCAAAAUGAAUCAGAUAUAUUUACUGCAAAUUCACAACAAUAUUAUUCAAAUGAAAUAUUUAAAUAUUUUCUUCAAUCAUUGGGUAAUGAAAUUACCUGUGAAACAUUAAUUUGUUCAAGUAUUUUCUAUUGGAAUGAUGCUCUACAUGAAUUGAUUUUUGUUACACCGACCAUCACCACCGCCACCACACAAUCACCGCAUGAAUAUCAAAAAUUUUCAAAUAAUCAAAAAUUAUCAUUAAAUACUUUUAUUAUGGAAAAUAAUGAUACUAUUCGUACAUUGUUUUUACAACGAUCACAACAACAACAUUCAACUAACCUAAAUACUAAUGGUUAUACCGAAACGAAUCGUUUACAAAGCCAAAAUGAACGAAUCAAAGAAUUUCUAUUCAUGAAUAAUGGUUGUGAUAUAAAAGUAUUUAUAUUAUGGAUUGAAAAAAUGGAUGAUUUUGAUCGAUUACCAUUCAAUAAAAAUGUAUACGAACAACAUUCGAAUGUUUCAUCGGAUGGUUCAUCGGAUAAACAGAAUCUUAUUUUUAUCAUUACUAUACAUCCAUUGAAAAAUGGAUUAUUUCGUGUACUAAAUUUUAUGCCAAAUAGUAAUAAUACGAAUAAAUUCAACAAUUAUCCAACUAUUGAUCGAAUGUUAUUAAGUAAAACAUUAUUGGCAUCUUAUGUAAAACUUAUUACAUUGAAUUUGUUUAGACGUCGACGUAUGAAUACUGAAAGCUUUCAAUUUCCGCAUGUAAAACGACGAUUGAAAAUCCAGGAAAUGGCAAACAAAUUUAAAAUCUCUUCAACAACAACAACAACAAACGAUCAAAAAUUGGCAUCCGAAAUAUUUAAAUCAAAAUUUUUAUAAAUUAAUCAAUCAA